AUUUUUUAAAUCGAUAAAAUUCUCAAGAAAAUGCAAGAAGAAAAAUAAAUAUUAAAAUGCACAAGAUUCUUGUAUUGAUAUUAAUUCAAUUAUUUGUCGUGUGUGUCAAAACACAACUUCAUAAAAACUUGUACUACUAUGAAACACUUCACAUCGACGAUUUCACGCACAAAGUCGUAAAACGCGGAAUAAAACAUUCUUCAAAUCCGUUUAAUACCAUCAAAGAAGUCGAAUUUAAGGCUUUAGGACGACACUUUAGACUAAUUCUUCAUCCUCACAAAGAAGUUUUGCAUCAUAACUUUAAGGCUUAUGUCGUUAACAGCACGGGCGAGGAACAAAUUGUUCAUUAUGAUUACAACAGUUUGUACCGAGGACGUGUUUUUGGCGAAAUGAACUCUCAUGUUCAAGCGCACAUCGAUAAUGGAGUUCUCACAGCAUCAAUUAUGCUAUCCGAUGAAACGUAUCACAUUGAGCCCUCAUGGAGACAUUUGCCGUAUCACGAAAACAAGCAUAUGGUCGCUUACAAAGCUUCAGAUGUAAAAUUCAGUUGGGAUAAUGUUGAAAAAGAUAUUCCGGCUCCGUUGAAGUGCGGUUUUGUCAAAGAAGGCUUAGAAUUGGAAGAACUCGAUGACGAUGAAGAAAACUCAAAUAACAUAACGGUUGAGGUUUCUGAGCUAAAAGAACAGGUAAAAUCCAGAUCUAAGAGACAAACAGACCAAUAUGAAUACACUCCGACGAAAACGAGAUGUCCUUUGCUUUUGGUAGCGGAUUAUCGAUUUUUCCAAGAAAUGGGAGGAAGUAAUACGAAAACUACGAUAAAUUAUUUGAUAAGUCUCAUAGAUCGAGUACACAAAAUCUACAAUGACACAAUUUGGCAAGAUCGCGCUGAUCAAGAAGGAUUUAAAGGAAUGGGAUUUGUAAUUAAAAAAAUUGUCGUGCAUUCAGAACCAACGCGUGUUCGUGGCGGCGAAGCUCAUUACAAUAUGGUUCGAGAAAAAUGGGAUGUUCGAAAUUUACUCGAAGUAUUCUCUCGUGAAUAUAGUCAUAAAGAUUUUUGUCUUGCACACUUAUUUACAGAUUUGAAAUUUGAAGGGGGUAUUUUAGGUCUCGCUUAUGUAGGAUCUCCAAGACGCAAUUCUGUUGGAGGAAUUUGUACGCCAGAAUACUUCAAAAAUGGAUAUACGCUAUACUUAAACUCCGGCUUGAGCAGUUCUCGCAACCAUUAUGGACAAAGAGUAAUAACGCGCGAAGCUGAUUUGGUAACUGCUCACGAAUUCGGACACAAUUGGGGCUCCGAACAUGACCCCGAUCACGCUGAAUGUUCGCCAAGCGCAUCUCAAGGCGGCAGUUUCCUCAUGUACACUUACAGCGUUUCCGGUUACGACGUCAACAACAAAAAAUUCAGUCCUUGCUCGCUUCGUUCCAUCAGAAAAGUGCUUCAAGCCAAAAGCGGACGAUGCUUUUCCGAACCUGAGGAGUCAUUUUGCGGCAAUCUUCGCGUUGAAGGCGACGAACAAUGUGACGCUGGGUUAUUGGGUACCGAAGACAACGAUGCUUGUUGCGACAAAAAUUGCAAAUUGCGACGAAAUCAGGGCGCAGUUUGCAGUGACAAAAAUUCGCCGUGUUGCCAAAGUUGUCAAUUUAUGCCAGCGGGAAUAAAAUGUCGCGAUGCUCAGUAUGCGACGUGCGAACAAGAAGCUCGUUGUACGGGAAAUCAUGCAGAUUGCCCGAAAUCGCCGCCAAUGACUGACGGAACAAUUUGUCAGGAGCGCGGGCAGUGUCGAAACGGAAAAUGUAUUCCGUAUUGCGAGACGCAAGGAUUGCAAAGUUGCAUGUGUGACGUGCUGCAAGAUGCUUGUAAACGUUGUUGUCGCAUGAGCAUCAACGAAACUUGCUUCGCCGUUGAACCGCCAGAUAUUUUGCCCGAUGGAACGCCAUGCAUUCAAGGUUUUUGCAAUAAGGGAAUGUGCGAAAAAACCAUCCAAGACGUUGUCGAACGCUUUUGGGACAUAAUCGAAGAAAUAAACAUCAACAAAGUUUUGAAAUUCUUACGGGACAAUCUCGUGAUGGUAGUUGUCUUCAUCACAACACUAUUUUGGGUUCCAGCAAGUUGCGUUAUCUCGUAUUUCGAUAGAAAAUUGCGAAAAAUCGAAAAUCAAGAAAAUGCAUGGGCACAACAUUCAGAUUUGAUACAUCCUUCCGAUCGAAGACGAAUUAUUCAUAUAAGAGUACCAAGACAGAAAAUUACUGUGGCAAGAAUGUAACGCUGUAUUCCAAAGAAAAAUUGUGCAUUUUUCAAAAUUUAGAAAAAUUUUCCAAAUCAAAUCUCCAAAAAUUUAUGAAAAAUGGAAAAAAAUGAAAUUUUGAAAAAAAAAGAUAAAUUUCUGUGAGCAAUCGAUGAAUUUUGAAAAAAAAAAUAAAUAAUUUAAAAAUAAAAAUAUU